AUGUCUGGCUUCGUCGAUUCACAAGUUUCUUCUCCCAAUAUGAGCACUUCAAGCUCUUCUUCUAUCAAAGACCUCAACACUGCCCCAGAACCAUCGCAUUCUACACCUUUGUUGCGCAUCAAGAACCACUGGCAAAGCAUAAAGAAGGAAUGGGGCCCCCUUAUGGCCGCCAAAGAACAUCUAUACGACGAGUACACUUUCCCACCAGGCCGAUAUGCUGGCCAGGGGCUACAAAAAUAG